AUGACAGACAUUUCUGGAUUGGGAGAACCCCUAUACACUCCUCCAAAUGCGGUCAUAGACAUCGUGUUUGUCCACGGCCUCGGUGGCCACAGGAUCAACAGUUGGACGUUCCAGCCCACGGAUGAGUUCCCGAAGAAAAUAUUCUGGCCGAAAGACCUACUACCAAAAGUCUGCAACAACGCGCGCAUCUUGUCAUUCGGGUACGAUUCGAGAUUUGUCGACUUCUUCCCCAUCUUUAGCCGCAAAACCCUUCCUGUGGGCACAACAGUGGACGAUCAUGGUAGUGCAUUGCUACAGAGCCUGGCCGGGCUGAGGAGUACGACGUCUUCCUCCGACCGCCCAAUCAUCUUCAUAGCGCAUAGUCUGGGAGGUUUGGUCGUUGCAAGCGCUCUUGCUAGAAACCAUGGAGUCAAAGAGUCAGGGAAACAGCUUGUCGAUAGUACAUUUGGGAUAGUCUUCCUUGGCACGCCUUUCGAAGGCUCUGCGAAAGCUGGGUGGGGUCGGGCAGCCCUCCGAUACGUCUCGCUCGUUGCUUCAACCAAGAAAGAUGGUGUGAAGGAUUUGGAAGAAAGGUCCCAGAAAUUGAUUGAAAUCAAUUCAGCGUUCUCUAAGCUGCUAAAAGACCGGGACCGAGAUCGAAUGAGGCAACCACUUGAGGUUGCCUGUUUCUUCGAAGAGUACCCGACCUUCGUGGCGGGGAAGGACAUCGGAAUAAUCGUUCCGAAGAGUUCUGCUGGAUCUUUAGCAGGCAUAGAUCCCGUACCCAUAUCUGCAAAUCAUGCCGGAUUGUCUAAGUUUGCAGGAACUUUCACGAAUGGAUACGUGAUGGUCUCCAAGCUGAUAGUCGAAUGGAUCAAUAGCUUGGGUGAUGCACUCACUGAAACCACUGGCGCGGUAAAGUCAAGCCCCGUGUAA